AUGGCCUGGAACUCCAUCUUUGAGUCUGUGUUCUCUGAUCAAAUAGCACUAAGGCCAGACUCGAGAUCAUUCCAAAGCUGGGUCGCACCCACCAUUCCUCUGUUCUUCGAUGUGUAUCUCUUCAACUGGACUAAUUCAGAGAAUUUUCCAGAAGAGAAGCCCAACCUUGUGGAAGUAGGUCCAUACAGAUUUCGUGAGCAUCGCCGUCACGUGAACGUGAGCUGGCAUCCGAGCAACGGCUCCAUCGCGUACAAGACACAAAGAACCUGGUAUUUUGACGAGACCAGUAACGUGACAUUACAGGACAACAUAACAAUACUCAAUAUCAUUGCUGCAUCAGCCAUUUACAAGUCAAGAGAAUGGGGCUACUUGAAGCAAAAAGGUCUUUCUAUGGGUCUAUCCAUGUUUGGAGAACAUAUGGCCAUAUCAAGGUUGGCUGGUGAGCUACUCUUCGAGGGUUCUGAUGAUAAGUUCUUAGACCUAGCGAAGAGUCUACCAAUAAGCACUACAGGAGGUGCGCCACCUGUUGAUAAAUUUGGACUAUUCUAUGGAAGAAACAACUCGAUAGAGACUGACGGAUACAUGGAAGUAACAACAGGAGAACAAGAAGGUGUGCUUCCUGGUCAGAUCCUCAGGUGGAAUCAUAUGGAUAGCCUGCCGUACUAUCAAGGGGAAUGUGCCAAGAUAGCUGGCAGUGCCGGUGAGUUCAUGCCCCACAACCUGACUGAGGAUACCCAGCUGGAGAUCUUCAUGGGAGACCUGUGUCGCACGGUUUACUUCAAUUAUACAGAAACUGGGAACCUCAAUGGCCUGACAUACUUGAAAUACUCCAUGAAUGAAAAUACCUUUGAUACUUCCAACACCUGCUUCUGCAACGGAGACUGUGCCUGGAGUGGAGUGAUGAAUGUCUCCGCUUGUCGUUACGGUGCCCCGGCCUUCCUGUCGCUACCUCACUUCCUGCAUGGGGACCCUGAACUACUCACUAUGGUUAAUGGAUUAAAUCCUGAUCCAAAGAAGCAUUCCUUCUAUUUUGCUAUCGAGCCAAAACUCGGCGUUCCAGUGGAUGUAUCGGCGAGGUUCCAAUUCAACGUGUUUAUGGAGCCCAGUCCUAACAUUGCAUUAUACGAAAACGUCCCGAAAAUGUUAUUUCCAGUGUUUUGGGUGGAACAGAAGGUUGUAGUAGACGAUUCAGUCAUCGCAGAAUUGCGCAAGGUCCGCGCGGUCAGCGACUGGGGCGCGACAAUCUGCGCGUGCGUGGCUCUAAUGUUCGCUGGGUUUAUAACCCUCGCUAGCUGCUGCAAGAAAUCUUAUUUCAAAAAGACAAAAGUGAACAUUAUCACACUGGAAAAACCCAGAGAUGACGCUGACGUGAAGCUCAAUCCGUUGUGACGACGUGUGUUGAGUUGAACUAUGUGAUCGAACGUUCGCGAAAUAUAGAAGUAAGGAAGUAAAAUAUGUGUAAGGGAGACUGUUUGGGUUUAUAGAUCUUUUAAUAUAGUAUAAAGAACAAUAACAAAAACGGUGAUAGUUUUAGGUUAUAUGCUCACUGUCAACAAUAUGUCUAUCGCACACUUUAAUACUGAGUAGAGAGAGUGGGAAGCGUCUGUCCGAAAUACGGCUAACGCUGUGGGUUAGAGUGAGAGAGGAGGAGCCAGUUUAUCGCUGCCGCAUGCGUGAGAGAAAGGGAAUCUAGACAGACUAGCGUUGUAACGCCUUACGUUACAAAGCGGUUUACCCUCUCAUGAGAAGUUAUCACUUCAAUAAUUCUGGUGUUGAUAAAUGGUAGAGGUUUUUAGUUACCUAAAAAAAUGAAAUUACUAUAAUUAGAUAAUAAUACCCUUGUAUAAUAUUUACUUUCUGAUUUACAGAAAUUAAAACUGGUGUGAGUAUAGUCUUUGAAAGCAAUUGGGUUAGGACUGUUAGUUAAAUAUCUUUAGUUACUUAAUAAUAAGUUAGAUUUAUUGUAAUUCGACAUAGUUAACAUAGUGGUUAAAUUGAAACUAAAUGCAAAAUAUUACCAUUAUAAAAAAGAUUGUAUAAUUUUAAAGACAAAUUAAAAUUAUGAACCAUAUUGACAAGUUAGGAUAGCCUUGGUGACAAAAUUUUGUAGUGACUUGACAUUAUGUUUGCAGUCACAAGAAUAAAUUGUAAAUAUUAUGAAUAGUAUGUUGUUCCUGAAAAUGUAGGUAUAUGUAAAUUUUUAAAACGAAGCUAUGAUGAAGCGAUAGCUGCAGUUGGAGGGAUACCUAUAGUCAUUGCGCUGAAUUGUCCAAAAAGUUCUGCCACAGACCAAAUAAAAGUAGUUAGACUUAUGACAUGGUUCACGAGCCAAACUUAUGCAUAACACGUCAGAUUACAUGACGAUAUCUUGGAGUAGUUGAUUUCAACUUAUAUCUGUAAAAAUAAAAAUGUAUGACGCAAUUACCUAAAUAAAUAUUGUGUCCAUUGCGUCAAUCUAAUAUAGUUUGUUUGUAAAUUAUUAUACGUUUCAUAUUAUAUGUACAUAGAACUUUUUAAACAAUUAAAAAAUACAUAAUAUUUUACUCAGGACCUAUUUAUUAUUUAUAAUAUAGGCCUUUAUUAGAUACAGUUACUUUCUAUUAGGUACAUCGGCGACUGGACCUGUUUAAUUUGACAUCUUUUUCCAUUCGUUUAUCUCUGCCUUUUCCAUUACAUUUAUUAACGGCUGUCGCUUUUAUUUAUUUUGAUCUUUGAAGCCUUUGACGUUUUUUUUUCACAUUUCGCGGUACAAAAACAUCAUUUGCGCUGCCCUCUUUUCUCCGCCUCUAAGCUAUUUCUUCAUUUUUUUUAUAGUAUGCGUCUCGUUUACCAAUUAGGUUUUGUUUCUUACUUUAUCUGUCCUACGGAUAAUUUAAUUUGUAUUAAAUCCUAAUAUGUGAUUUAGAUUAUUGGGUUACGAAUUUACUUCGCACUUCUAACUACCAUUAUUUGUUCUGUGGUGACUAUCCUUCGAAGACAAAAGGUUUCUAUAUAAGACGGAAAGAGAAAUGCUCUACCCGUUUGUCCAUUUAAUUUCGCUUGUAUAUCGCCCACUGUUUAUAAUUUGUGCGCUCGUAAAACAAUUACACAUCACAAAAUGUGCAUUGAAUUUUAUUAAUAUUUUUUGUAUGUUGUAGUAUUUAAGUUAUUAUAGUUAUCAUUGGAGAAACCAAGUAAACAUAGAAUACCUAUUUGUUUAUAAAUUCAAAACGGCUGUGCUUUUGAUUAAUUGUUUACGGACCGUCAUUGAGAUAUCAUUUAGAGGUAUAUUGAAACAUGAAGAAAAUUAGAAACGAAAACAAUAAGAUAGGCUACGAGAUGAAUAUAUUAUAAACUAGUAAACUUUACUCUUUGUUCUGUUACUGAUCCUUUUGAAUAUAUGUUCGUAGUUAGCGAAAGAUAAAGAAAAAUGGAUACAUCAAA